AUGGAUCGGCAAAAGGAAGAUGUCAAACACGCAACGACGAACAUCUCCGAUCUCCCACCUAAUCUCUUCCCAUUUAUAUUAUUUUUAAAACCAAAUUAAUUUAAUAAAACCUCAGAGAAAGAGAGAGAGAGAGAAAGAGUUAAUAUGAAUAGAGGUGGAAAGAGCCAUUAAAUGUACGAAGCGACAUUCACAAUAAUUCGAAAGGAGGAAGACGAGUUAGAUACGGCCAGGCUCAGUGUCCUCGUCCACCACAAAGCUCCCCCCUUUCUACGGGAAUCAUCCUUCUCCAACACACUCCCUUCCAAAUACACUCCGAUCCUUCAUUUGUUAAAUUUUGCUUUCAUUUUUCCUCAUUUAUCAUCAUCGGAGAUCGUGAAGAAAGAAGAAUAUCAAAGUUAAAUUAAGAAUCCCCAUAGAGAGAGAGAGAGAGGCUACUUACCUGCAAAACACCCUUUUCUGUUUGGAUUAUCGAUUUUGGAUUUUCAAAGUUUGGUUCUUUUUUUUUUUUUGUUGCUGUUGUUAUCCUCUAUUUAUAACCAUGCAAUCUCACGACGAACCCUCCAAUCUCCAUGGCGGAAUCCGGCGAGUUCAACGGCGGUCAGCCUCAUAGUCCCAUUAGAACAACUUCUUCUGGCAGUAGCAGCAGCAACCGUACUGCUCCACCUCCUCCUCCUCCACCAUCAGUUAUGGUGAGAAAGCGAUUAGCUUCCGAGAUGUCUUCAUCUUCUUCCUUAAACAACCCUGACUACAACAACCAUCGUCCUCCUCCUCGCCGUGUCUCUCACCAACUUGACUCCAACUACACCAUCACUUCUCCUCCACCACCACCACCUAUAACGGCGGCGGCCGACUAUACCACUCAGCCGACCCCACCGCUCUCUGUAUGUGGCUUCUCCGGUCUUCCGGUGUUUCCUUCCGACCGCCGGACAGCGAUGUCCGUACAGCCAAUGGAACAAGACUCUUCGUCUUCUUCUUCUUCACCUACUGUGUGGGUCGACGCCAUUAUCAGAGACUUAAUCCACUCCUCAACUUCAGUCUCUAUCCCACAGCUUAUCCAAAACGUCAGAGACAUCAUUUUCCCUUGUAACCCAAAUCUCGGCGCUCUUCUCGAGUACAGACUCCGAUCUCUCAUGCUUCUUGACCCUUCUUCGUCCUCCGACCCUUCUCCUCCUCAACCUUUCGACUCCAUCACUCAACCUCUAUAUCAUCAGAUCUCUAACAAUCCUUCUCCUCCUGUAACGCAACAACAACAACAGCAACAACAACAACAGCAACAACAGCAACAACAGCCUAAGCCAACACCUCCUCCAAUUCAGCAGCAAGAAAGGGAGAAUUCUUCCACCGAUGCACCGCCGCCUGAGACAGUGACCAGCACGGAGACCACCGUAGCAAACACGGCGGAGGCGUUAAGAGAGAGAAAAGAAGAGAUUAAGAGACAGAAGCAAGACGAAGAAGGCUUGCAUCUUCUCACGUUGCUGCUACAGUGUGCUGAAGCAGUCUCUGCGGACAAUCUCGAAGAAGCAAACAAGCUUCUCCUCGAGAUCUCUCAGCUCUCUACUCCAUACGGAACAUCUGCGCAGAGAGUCGCUGCGUAUUUCUCGGAAGCAAUGUCUGCGAGAUUACUCAACUCUUGCCUCGGGAUUUACGCGGCGUUGCCUUCACGGUGGAUGCCACAAACGCACAGCUUGAAGAUGGUCUCUGCGUUUCAAGUGUUUAAUGGGAUAAGCCCUUUGGUGAAAUUCUCACACUUUACAGCUAAUCAAGCGAUACAAGAAGCUUUUGAGAAAGAAGAUAGUGUGCACAUCAUCGAUUUGGAUAUCAUGCAGGGACUUCAAUGGCCUGGUUUAUUCCACAUCCUAGCUUCUAGACCCGGAGGACCUCCUCACGUGCGUCUCACGGGACUUGGUCUAUACUAUGACAGCAGUAGUGGGCUUUGGUACUCGUAUGACCCUCAAACGCAACAAUAUGUAGCUUGUCCUGAUCAAAACAAUCAGAGUAAAUCAACUGAAACGCAACCAGAGAUUGCCAAGACGGAGAAAUCCAGUCAACAAAAAGUUAUUAUCUCUGCGGCUGCUACCCCCACUGUAGACAAGGCUAUCUCCUUACCAGAUGCGGUACAGGCGGCUGCAGCAGCAGCAAUUGCUUCGGAGAAGAGAGAAAAAGAAAGAGUGAAGGAAAUAAAACUUGCAUCAAAGAGUAGCAUACUGGCUAGCAAGAAAAAAAUGAGUAAUGUUUUAACAAUGUGGAAGCAGCGGAGCCAUGAACCACAAACACAACGUCCCUCACUUGGUGUUGACAAUCCACCUACAGUUCUGUCUGAAGCAAGGUCGUCUUUCUCCGCUGUACCAUCCAAGGGCAAGCUGAAAUCUGACACAAUGAUUGCAAAGGAGAGAACUACCUCCAAUCAUGGAGUUGCCGCACUUGCAACAACUCCCACUACAGAAAGCUCGAGUAGCAGUACAGGAGGAAGACCUUUGAUGGGGGUGAUGAGAGGUUCUUUUGGAGGAACUUCUUCUUCAGCUAAUGUACAAGUGCCUCCAGUUUUGCCUUCUGCUCCUUCCCCUUCGGUUCCGGUUUCGGUUUCUGGGAGUGGGAGAAGAAGGUUCUCUGAAACGCCGACUGCAGUGCCCACUCACAGUGAACAGCCUCUGACAUCAUACCGGGACCGUGCUGCAGAAAGAAGAAACUUAUACGGUUCUUCAGCUCCCGGCGGCAAUGAUGUUAUUGAUUCAAGUGAAGAUAUUAUGGGGUUGAGAAAAGGUUCAUCGGAUCCAACACCUUUUCCUCCUGGUGUGGGUGGACGUGGGAUUACCACGACCGAAGUCAGUAGUUUCGAUGUAAUUACAGAAGAUAAAGCAAUAGACGAAAGUAACGUGGGAAACAGAAUGUUGAGAAACAUGGGUUGGCACGAAGGAUCGGGUUUAGGGAGAGACGGGAGUGGAAUGAAAGAACCGGUGCAAGCGCAAGGCGUUGAUAGGAGAGCAGGACUUGGGAGUCACCAGAAGAAACUUGAUGCUGAGUUUGAGGCUCAGCCUGGCGAUACCUACAGAACUGUUCUCCAUAAGAAAGCACUUGCGAGGUUUCGUGAUAUGUCUGACAAUAAUUGACUGUUGAGAGGUUUUGUGUGUGUAAAGUGGUGUUGGAAUUUUAAUGUGUUGGUUGUAUUUUAACUCUGAAAAUUGAUUUUGAUUUUGCUCUCUAGUAGUCACUAUUGAAUUGUUGAACACAUGGCACUUUAUACUU